AUGUCUACAUCGCUCCCCUUCCCCGGCCAAUCGGCGCAGGCUGGCGAAUACGCCGCCGACCUCAAGAUCGACCUCCCCCGCAACGCCAACGCCACCAAGGACGACCCCUCCCACCAUGCCUCCGCAGCCGCAUCACCCGCACAUCGUCGUCAGAGCUCGUCGCAGCCCAUGGCCGAAAAGUCGGCUUCCGCCCAUCCUGCAGGCUGGCAGCACCAUCCGCGCCAGCCCGGGCCCCACUCGGAAUCCUACUUCCCCGGCUCCGUCUCGGCAGGCGGCGCACCAAAGACGCCCGGCAGCUUCUCCAUGCGCGGUCACGGUCGUGCACAGAGCAGCUCCGGCAGCGCCUUGCCGCACCCCAUGAGCCUCAACACCGGCGCUGCUCCUCCUCCUCCCAACGUCGACGGCGCAUCGCUCCAGUCCGCCUUUGGCACCGCCUCGCACCACGCCGGCUCGAGCAGCGCGAGCCAGCUCAGCCUCGCCAACCACCCGGCCAUGCACGGCCUCGGCAUGGGCACCACCGCCGGCUUCAGCGCCGGUCCGCCCAGCCCCAGCACGCUCACCGACGUCAUCCUCGGCCUCCACAACACCUUCUACUCGUGCAAGCGCAAGCCCGAGGAGGUCAAGCACAUGGUCGAGCGAUACUACGAAAAGGGCGCCGUCUUCGAGUCGCCCCUCCUCUCGGCGCACGGCAGGAACCAGAUCGCAAACCAGUUCAUCAUGGCCUUUGCCCUGCCCGGCAUGGAUGUCCAGUCCGAGCUGCGCGACGUCAUCUGCUCCGACUUUGAGUUCGACGGCACGCGCGCAGGCAUCAUCGACCACACCAUCACCGUCACCUUCCUCCCCGCGCUCUUUGGCUCCUCCACGCCCAAGCCCACGCCGGACCCGGGCGCGAGCGACGUCAACCGCACCCCGCGCGCGUCGUAUCCGUACUCGGCCUCGGCGUCGGCGUACCCCAUGACGCCGCAUCCGUUCAUCGACUACGCGGCCAACAGCGCCUACUCGCGCGUCGCCAGCCAUCCGCACAGCCCCACGACGCCGUUCAGCAUCUCGAGCAUCUGGGGCGGCUCGCGACCGCAUACGCCCGGUCAUGCUCCCAACGCUCCCAGCGGCAUCCGUCCGCUCUCGGCGCACGCCACCAAUACUCCGCCGGGCGUCAAUGGCGACGACCCCGAAGCAGCCGGUGCCUCGGCGCAUCCGUUCGGCAGCUUGGCCAACGGCAGCAGCGCGCACCACUACAUUGACGCCGAGCUGGUGCAGCAGCAGUUGGCGGCGCGACCGGCCAUCCCUGCCGAUGCGCUCACGCCGCACUGGACGAGCGAGGGGCUGGGUAGGGCGACGCUGCGUACGCUGCUCUGGUCGCUCUUCCAUCCACGUGCGGUGCUCCGGCAUCUGUGCAGCAUCCAGCUGCGCGUCAUGAGUCGACUCGAGUUCAACGAUGCCGGCCUCAUUGUGCGCCACGAAGACACCUGGGGCCUGCGCGAGACCAUCGAGGGCGUGAUUCCGUUUGCGUCGCUCAUCUACUCGAUCGAGCGUCGCCUCGUCGGAUUCCUCGUCUCGUGGGCCAUCGCCAAGGGCUUCAAGAUCUCGUCUGCCCUGCUGCGAAAGGCCAUCCCCGGCGCAUCCACCGAGACCGCUCUUGAGGCGCACUCGAGCCAGUAUCAGGUGAGCCAGCAAGAGGCCGAGGCCAUGUUUACGCAUCCGCACAUGCACCAUGGCAGGGCGGGACGUGAGUUCCACACCAUCUCGCGCUCGCGUGCGCCCUCGCCGAGUCGAUUCCGCUUUGGCGCACCCGCGGCCGAGUCGCGCACUGUGACGGGCACACGAUCGCGCGCGCGCUCGCUCGUAGGCGGCCACUCGAUCGCCAGCUCGCGCGCCAUGUCUACCGACAACCUCGCACAGCACUUUGCUUCCGCUCAUGUUCCCCAGUCGGCUUCGGCGGGGCUGGAGUCGAGGAGGUCGGCGGAUCUGCCUCCGGACUCGAGCGCAAAGUUCCGCGAACGCACCGCCAAGCGCAUCGACGGCGCCCGCACCACCAGCACCAACUCGGCGCCGCCAUCCACGCUCGGCGUCGGAUCGGGCGCGUACGGCUUUGGCGCACAGGAUGCUGCCAACGGCGCAGACUACGCACAGUCCGGUCCCGCCGCCAACCUGGUCAACAUGUGGGAGCACUUUUCGGCCCAGUCUCGCCCUCACUCCAAGGCGGCGUCGGUGGUGUCGAACGACGAUUCGCGCGGUACUCUGCGUGCCCCCGACCAGGACCCUCAGUAG